GGAAUGGCGAGCUCGUCGACACAAUUGGCCCGUGUGGCUGACUGCUUGCCGCUCCUGUUAACUCUACGCACCAAUAAUGACACAACAGACAAUGCACCUCCGUGCGCAUGCAUCGUCGUGAAAAUCCGCCCAACGCUGCUGCAUUUCCUGGCUGCCAAUCUAUUGCGGGUAAGUGAAUCGCAACAGUGAUCCUUAAAGCAAGUCUAUAAUCCUCUUUCAGUGUGUGAUCAGGUCCAAUGUGCCAAUCACGGACGUCGCAGACUAUGGCGGCCAUCAUUCUGAACACGGUGAAGCUCGUCACAAGCUCCUGGUAUCCACUGCAGACGGAAAUGUGUGGGUCGUGACGUUGCCUGGUCAUCUGCAGCUUGGGGUGACACGUGAGUUGCUGCUGGAACGCUCGUCCUGUGAGAAUGAUGACAAAUCGGUCCAAUGGUUCUGUCAACUGCCUGGAGUGCAAUCCGUGAGUCACAUUCCUGCUGGACCCGGGUUGUCAUCGCUGACGCUGAUGAGGAGCUUGGUGACACCGACCACGCUGAUCGUGAGCACUUACGGGAGCUCCGGGUCGAAGUUGCAGCGUCAUCAAUCGCUGGAGCUGGGCGAGCUCGAAGGAGAACAGUCUACUUGCACACUUUGUUUGAAUGAUCAGAUGGCGAAUCAUUGUGGACUUUUGAGGCGUUUGUUUCCGGACGUGGCGACCGACUGGGGUGUGACCGCUAUUCUACAGGGAGAUUUGGAUGGCUAUGUACGUUUUUCAUUGGUGCAUUAUCCAAAUAAGAAAAGAGGUGGUAUCAAGGCGUCCGUAAUUCGCAGUGGUAUGUUGCUUCGGCUGGGUGAGCCGGUUCAGAUGAUCGUCCCGUUCUCGUCGUCUGCAACUACAUCCUCGGAAGGAAAUGGUGCAACAGCGACAUCUCAAGUGUUUGAUGCACUGCUAGUGCUGGGUGCUCGAGGCAGGAUCAGGAUUGUUGAAGUGAAGAAAAGUUGCUCGGUGGAAGCCCUUUCUGGUUCAGUGAAGAAGCUGGAGCUUGGGUGCGCAGUACAGUCGUUGGUAUUUGUAUAUCGUUUGGCAGUGUUUGCCUUUUGCUCGACUGGGUCAGCGUUUGUGUGUCGAAGCACCGAUUUACUAUCUCAAGCUCAAUCCAUAGAUUCAAACGCGCCUACUAGCCUCAGUGAUGGCUCAAAUGUUUCUACUGAAAAGCUACCCCUUCAACUGGGUAUCAUCCGCUUAGCAACUCAUGGCAGUGAAGGUGGUUUGUCAAUUCUGUUUGCGUCAGGGCGGAUCACAACAAUCAAUAACACAGCUCUUCACACGAUGGUAACAAGUGUACUACCAUUAUCUGGACAACAACAAAACCAUAAAUGUGGAAAGUCAUCCGAACUAGGGAGUGAGUCUCGGGUUCGCAAUCUUUUGCAUCGAAUCGCUGAAAUUUCCUCCGAGUCAACUAAUCUGCGCACUAAAUCGAAGCAAAUGGACUUCCAGCUCAAGACAUUGCACUCUGCUUUGGAAACACUUCGGCUUGUCGAAACUACAGGUGUGGAGUCUGUGGUCAAGUGCAACUUGAAUGCCUCGAUGACAAUGACUGGGAUCUUUUCAGAUCGACAGGCGAUACAACUGGUUUGCUCCUUUGGUUUCGUGAAUCCCGAAGCUAUUAUCUCACUUGACGACUGGUGGUUGUGUCUGUACGUGCGUACUCAUCAACGUUCAAUCACGACUUGUUCCUUUCCGCUGAACGAUAUAACAGCGCGCGGAGAACAGAGCAUUAUCCUCGAUCCAGAUACACUCACACAGCAAGACCAGGGAAGUUUGUGGGUCUCGUGUUCGAUGGUAUUUUGCCCUUCACGAAAUGGAUAUCCAGAAAAUGAACGGUCCAAUACCAGCCAUAUUGGUGCGAGUAUUAUUGCUCAGGAUGAUCCAUUGUCGUUCGCAAUUCCGCUGCUUCAAGACAAAAGAUUCCUAUUCGCACAGCUGAGUCGGCCCAUCGAGGAAGAGAUUCCAACCAGCCAAGUUGCCAUUCACGCUGCAUUCCGCCAAAGCCACGAGCCGUUCAUGCCAGUCGGUAGAGCAACCAAAGAGGGAAAAUCGUCUUCGUCUGUUCUCUGGAGUGGUGUGCAGUGGUGGGCUGCACUCACUGACCAUGCUCAUAGGAAUCCAUCGUUCGCAGCGUUAUGGUCAAAAAUUUCGCCUUCUGACGCUGCACCUCUGGCGUUAACUCCUCCGUCCCGAUUUGUUAUAGCCAUCCCUUCAUUCUUUGCCACCGAAGACGACGAGGAUGACGAGGAUGAAGAUGAGAAUUUUGAAAAACUCCGCCUCGAGAGGAUGGUAUCGUUCCUGCGUCAGCUCCUGGAGAUACCCUCUGCUGAGGUUCCACGAUUGCGUCGUAGCUGCCGAACACAGCAUGGGAAGCUCUGGACGGUACUACGAGCCUUUUCCGGAAGCCUCAUACUCCUUCGUUUCACUCCUUCAGAAGACCAACAACGAUCAGUUGACCUCACUAUUCAAUGUUCCGACGUGGCCGAUCUCUCUGCGAUGCGAGCCCUGGUUCUGGAGACGAUCAAUAACUGGAACGAUGGAAGCCCUACAGGAAUCAACGAAGAAGACCGCUCUGAUGAGCUAGCGCUGGAUGUCAGCGAAAUAUUGGAGCCUAUAGCGGAUCUUGAUAAUCUCCUGGAGGAUUUGACUUUGAAAAUCAGAAGUAUAGAAGACCCAAACUCGGCUUGUUGCACCGACGAAGUUCUCCGUGCACUCUCACAGCUGGCGCACCUGGAGACUCAAACGCUCACACUGUACUGGAAGACAAGAAUGCAUCUCAACAGGACCAUCAUGUAGAACUGCGUCAAUGUGUUUUGAAUCGACUGGAACGAAAAAAAAAAACAACUAUUAGCUACGUCAAAUUGGAGAGCAUCACUACCAGUGAGAGCGGUUUAAAGUUCUUCGGUCGGGAGAUGCUGGUCACGCAACGACGCUUUCUCGGAUGGAGACGACACGGAAUAGAGGCGCUACAUGUUCGACACCAAUGAAACUUAGCGAUCCUGCCAGUCCCACCAACAAAUGCAGUUGUUUCCGUACCUCAAAGUAGCGUGGUGCUCUAGUCGGCCACAGCGUGUAAAUGAGAGACAAGUAGAUAAAGCAGUGCACUGAGGUCGUCAUGGCAGCCACGGUCUUCUCACGCACCCACGGCGACAAGAAGGAAGCAACGAGCACGAUAAUAGGCAGGGCUACGAAAUACACCGAAAACAGGCAGCACAUCUGAAAAUCGCGGAGUAAGUACAGGAUUCGUCCGAUAACAAGUAUCACUUCCAGUACUUACUCUGAGGAAAAAAUACCGCUUUGUCGAGGCUUUCUCGUAGGAGCGCGUCUCUAGAAUGGUGUUGACGAACCAACCUAGCACGCACACUUGCAACAAGCAAAUGCCAAGUCCCGGCCACGAGUCGUAAAUGUACAACGUCGACGCUGGGUCGAGCCACACGAGAUACCACAUCGCCAUGGACAAAUACAGCACGAGAAUGGCUAGAAUAACACACGAAAGCUUGAUCUGGCCAUCCAGUGUGACGCUGUUGAUUGUCCACCCUUUUGCGAUCACCAUGGCCAGUAAUAAGGUGCCCACGCGGACAAAUACGUCUGUGAUCCUAGCCGCGUACUUGAAAAACGGUACCCCCAGACCGUUGAACUCGUACGUAGUAAAGUGAAUGAAUAGCAGCGCGUUGCACAGGAAGAAAAACAGCACCACUAGCGUCAA